AUGGAGCGAGCUGUGGUGAGAAUCACCCUCAUUGGGCUGAUGGUGGCUUUGGCAGCCACACUACCAAACAAGGACGACUGGAACAUCUACAGCUUCCACAUUAACUCCACAGUCAGUAGCCGCUAUGCCACCACCGUCAUCACAAGCCGUGUGGCAAACCGCAUGGCCGAGUCCAAGGAAGUAGAGUUCCAUGUCCGGAUCCCCAAGAACGCCUUCAUCACUAAAUUCAGAAUGUUUAUAGAUGGCCAGGUGUAUGAUGGGAACGUGAAGGAGAAAGAGCAGGCGCAGAGGCAGUACACCACCGCUGUGUCCCGAGGUCAAAGUGCUGGAAUCGUCAGUUCAGUGGGGAGGACUCUGGAGGAGUUCAAGACCUCUGUCACCGUUUCUGCACACAACAAGGUCACUUUUGAACUCACAUAUGAGGAGCUGAUGAAACGCACGCUUGGGAAGUACGAGCUGCAGAUCCACGCUCGACCCAUGCAGCCUGUCAAAGACUUCAAGAUUGAUGUGCACAUUCAGGAGAAAGCUGGAAUCAGUUUCCUGGAUGUAAAAGGAGGACUGAGCACUAAUGCCCUGGCUAAUGCCAUCACUCGAACCCAAGCAGACAAAAAGGCCUGGGUGCAUUUCUAUCCUACCGAGGACCAACAGAAAGCAUGUGACAGCUGUGAUGAGCAGGGUUUGAAUGGAGAUCUGGUUAUUGUUUAUGACGUCAACAGGAACUCCACACUGGGAGACAUCAUGAUAUCUAAAGGAUACUUUGUUCAUCACUUCGCUCCAUCCAGUCAUUCCCGAAUACCAAAAAAUGUUGUCUUUAUCAUUGAUCGAAGUGGCUCAAUGCGUGGCAGGAAAAUUGAACAGACUCGAACAGCAUUGAUCCACAUUCUGGGUGACCUGGCAGAAGACGACUACUUUGGUCUCAUUACUUUCAAUAACAAAAUUUUCCACUGGAAACAAGAACUUGUUCAGGCAAACAGUGCAAACUUGGACAGUGCAAAGAAUUUUGCACGAGAAAUUUCAGAUAGAGGAGGCACUGACAUUAACAGAGCAGUGCUGGAAGGAUCCAAUAUGCUGAACGCACAUCCCAGAGAAGGCUCAGCAUCUCUCCUCAUACUUCUUACAGAUGGAGAUCCAACCUCAGGAGAGACAAAUAUUGAAAGAAUACAUUCAAACGUAAGACAAGCCAUUGCAGGAAAGUUCCCACUCUAUUGUCUUGGCUUCGGUUUUGAUGUGAAUUUUGAGUUCCUGGAGAAAAUGGCACUUCAGAACAAUGGCGUAGCGCGCCGGAUUUAUGAGGAGUCUGAUGCUGCCAUUCAGCUGAAGGGUUUCUAUGAAGAAGUGGCCACUCCUCUACUGACCAAUGUAACCAUGUCCUACAAAGGUGGGAGCAAUCUAACCCAGACUGUCUUCAGCCAGUAUUACAAUGGCUCUGAGAUCGUGGUGGCUGGUCAGAUCGACGACAACAACAUUGACUCCUUCAUUCCUCAAGCUGUGGCCAUUACGAGAACUGAAAGAAAGACCUUUUCUGAAACAAACAACCCGGUGGAGACAAGUGAAACAGUGUCUGACAACCAAACUCAGAGAGUUUGGGCCUACCUCACUGUCAAACAGCUUCUGCAGAAAGAGCUGCUCAUGUCUGGACCCGAGAAAGAGGAAGUGAAGAAAAAUAUCUUGGAGCUGUCUCUGAAGUACAGCUUUGUGACCCCGCACACAUCCAUGGUGGUCACCAAGCCCCCCGGAGAGACGGCCGAUGUACUGGAUAAACCAAAGGAGGGGAAACAAGAAUCUCGGAUCUCAGGAAAUCCUCUUCAAGGAGCUCUUCCUCCUCCUCCAGCUCCUCGUCUGCACAGAUUUUUGAUUACAACUGAAACUAUGGCCCUGUCUAUAUGCUUUGACGUCCCUGGAGAUCCCUUCAUUAAACUGCUUCACCAUCCCAGUAGAGAGUUGUUUGUAAAUGGGGAGCUCGAUUCAGAAACAACUGGAGUCUUCCAGAAGAUUGUCAUCCACUUUGAAGCUGAUAAAUAUGUUGAGGUUGACGUCAAAGGAGCCACGAUACGAGUGGGAGAGAAUACAACACGACUCACUGGAGACGAUGUGUUCACAAAUGACAGUUUGACGGUGAUCACAAGGUCUAAGGAAAUAGACAUUGCAGCUGGAGACGCACGAAUAGUAAUCAUUGUCCAUGAAAAGGCUGGUAGAGAGUUCCUCUGGCCCGUCAUGAGACAGAAACCAUCGGCCACCAACAUUGAGGGACUUUUAGCUCUAAAACCAGCAGAAUAUGAGGAUAUAAAAGACUUUCCUGUUGUAACAAAGAAGAUGAAAGACCAGGAGUUCCCUGUUACAAGUGACAUUGCUGUUAACUACAGCGUCACCCCUCCUGAGACGAUGAUAUGCUGGCUGUCGCCUGCUGACUCUGCCUUGGAGAGACCUCUCAAUGAUUUCUUCGUUGCUCAACUUUGA